AUGGACGAAAAAACUUAUCUUACGUUGUUAUCAAAGGUGACUCCAUUGAUACAAAAGCAGGACACCAUUAUGAGAACCGCUAUAUCACCACACGAGAGGUUAUCUGUGACCUUGAGAUUCCUUGCCACAGGACGGUCAUAUGAAUGCUUAAAAUAUUCGGCCUUGAUAUCGCCACAGGCUCUAAGCAAAAUAAUUCCUGAAACUUGUGAUGCAAUUUAUAAAGUUUUACAAAAGGAUUAUCUAAAGUUUCCUAAGUCAUCUGAAAAAUGGAGAAAUAUAGCGCAACAAUUUGAAGAAAGGUGGAAUUUUCCUCAUUGCUUAGGUGCGAUCGAUGGUAAGCACAUUGACAUAGUUUCACCUGCUGACAGCGGAUCGUAUUACUAUAAUUACAAAAAACGACACAGUAUGGUGCUUAUGGCAAUAGUAGAUGCUAAUUACGAAUUUCUACUGGUUGAUUUUGGAACAAAUGGCAGAAUUUCUGAUGGAGGUGUUUUACAGAAUACCAAGUUUUUUGAAAUGCUCCAAGAUAACAAAAAGGAACUUCCAGACGCUGAAGUUGUCAAAAACAGCUCAACAAGUUCCCAUACGUAUUUGUUGCUGAUGACGCAUUCCCUUUCAGAGUUGAUAUGA